AUGCUAGUCGAGCAAUUCAAAGGGAGCAUGUGGGCCGUGGAGGGUUUGGAGCAAGCCUCCCCGCCCCCCCGCCCCCCCACCCCCGUCAAGCCCGAGCAUGCCUCGCUCCGGACCAUCGACGAGGCCCACAGCCUGCCCGGCUCGGCGGUGCCGGAGGACAUCCCACCCCUGGUCCCGCCCUCCCAGCCUAGCCCCCUGCCCUCCAUCCCCGUGCUGGCCACCUCCGCCCGCUCCUCCUCCUCCUCCGCCCUUGCCUCCACCGGCUCGCUGCCCACCUCCCACACCACCCACGGCACGGCCAGCACCGGCGCCAACUGGCCAGCCACGACGCUGAUGGCCCCCGGCCAGGGGCCCCCCCGCUCCUCCGACGACUGGCAGCGCCUGCAGGCACUGCGCGCGCUGGGCCUGGACUUUUCCGUGCCCGAGCCGCGCUUCGAGGCGGUCACCGGCCUCAUCCGCUCCCUCUUCGACGUGGCGGUGGCCUCUGUCUCCCUGGUCGAAGAGACGAAGGUCCACUUCUUCUCCGCCGCCGGCGACUUUGCGUCGUGCGCGGAGCGCGAGGGCUCCUUCUGUGAGUGGGGCAUGGAGUCCCCCGGCGUGUUUGUCGUCGAGGACGCGUCCCGCGACCGCCGCUUCCGCGACCACCCCGCCGUCGCUGGCGAGCCCCACAUCCGCUUCUACGCCGGCGCCCCCCUCCUCUCCCCCACCUCGGGCCACUGCUACGGCCUGCUCUGCGCCAUCGACUACCGCGUGCGCUCCUUCGACCCCUCCCAGUACGCCAUGCUGGCCCACUUUGGCGGCAUCGUGGGCCACUGGCCGCUGCACUACCUGAACGAGGCCGGGGCGGCUGAGCUGGGCGCCGUGCCCGGCGAUGUCGUGAGCACGCACGCGGGCUUCUGGCAGCUCUUCGCCAGCCCGCCGGGUGAGGCCGGCGCGGCGGCUGACGGCGUGGCCGAUGCCGCCGCCGGCCGCAAGUUCGAGCUCACCGGAACGCCGGUGGUGACCCGCGACGCCUCCACCCCCUCCUCCUCGGGCUCCUCGGCCACCGGCGGCCACGGGUGGGGCGGCGCGAGCCAGCUGGAGGCCGCGGCCAGCGCGGCCUCCAUCGCGCUCCUCCCCCUGACCUCCCCCUUCCUCGCCGAUCCCUCCGUCUUCCUCUACUUUGGCGUGUUCGAGAUCGCGCCAGGCAUCGAGGCGGGGUCUCCGGAGUCCGGCGAGGCGGACGCCCCGGCUCCGCUCCUGGCCUCUCAGACCUCCUUCAUUGCGCACCGACCCAAGAUCAUGCAGGAGGUCAUCCUGGGGCCGCUGCUGGGCGUGGGCUCGCGCGGCCGCACCUACCGCGGCCUCUGGCACGGCUCCCGCGUCGCCGUGCAGGUGGUGGAGUGGUGGUCCAGGGCGGGCGACGCCGGCGGCGGGGACCGAGGCCGUGCGUCCGUGGAUUCCACGGCCUCAGGGCGGAGCGCGGCGGCGCCGGAGGACCCCGUCCUCGCGGCGGCACUCAGCCGGGCCCUGGCACACCCCCACCUGGUGGGGACCUACGUCUACGGCACCACCUCGGAGGAGAAGGAGGAGGAAGUUGGUGGGGCAGAGAACGGCGCUGCGCGCCACCCGGACCGCGUCUACCACCAGACCUGGAUCGUCAAGUGCUUCUGCAACCGCGGCAACCUGAAGGACGCAAUAGAGCGUGGCAUGCUGCUCAAGCCGGACGACACUCCGGACCUGCAGGGCAUCGUGGCGACCGCCUGCGAGGUGCUUUAUCGGGGGAUCGCGGGCGCGCUGUCGUACCUGCAUGCCUGCGGCGUGCUGCAUGGCGACCUCACCGGCACCGCCGUCCUGCUGACCAGCGUGCCUCAGGACCAGCGCCGCUGGGUGGCCAAGCUGUCCGCCUUCGGGCUGGCGGAGCUGGUGGCGAGGGGCCAGGGCCGCACCCGGGCCCUGGCCCGCGCCUCGGUCGCCUCCGUGGCUCACUGGGCACCCGAGGUCCUGGUGGGCGGGGUGCUGUCCGAGGAGGGCGACGUCUACUCCCUGGGCGUGCUGCUGUGGGAGAUGUGCGCCGGGCGCAGCGCCUGGGAGGGCCUGACGGCGCCCCAGAUCCUGCAGACGGUGGGCAGGGAGGGCCGGACCCCGGCGCUGGCCCUCCUGCCGGAGACCAUCCCCCAGGACCUCAAGGACGUCAUGGGGCGGUGCCUAUUUUCGCAGCCUGCGGCGCGGCCCAAGGUCGGGGCGGUCCUGAGCACGCUGACGGCGCUGGCGGCCUCCGUGCGACCGAGCUCGGGGCUCACCGGCCGGUGCCUGACUCUCCCCACUCGCCCCACAGGCACAUGGGCGGACGAGGUGGAGGAGGAGGAGGAGCGCCUGAUCCAGGCCGGCGAGACUCUGGAGGCGCCCACGGUGGGCCCUCCGCACUCUGGCCCGCCCCAGGCGGCGCGCUCGCCACGCGCCCCUGCCGCCGCUGCGAGGCCCACCCCAAGCGGUCCACCCUACAAGAUCUAUAUCAGCAACCUGCCCUGGGAGGUGGAUGAGUACGCCAUCGAGCGCUUCUUCCAGGGCCUGGAGAUCCGGGACAUCAUCCUGCUGCGUCACCGCGACACGCAAAAGCCCAAGGGCUGCUUCGUGGAGUUUGGGUCGGUGCAGGACCUGACCGAGGCCCUGACCGCCGACGGCGCCGAGCUCAUGCGCCGCCCCAUCUCCGCUGCCCCCGCUGCGGGCCUCCCUGGGAAGCAGGUGGUGACCGAGAAGGUGGUCGUCACCAAGGUGCAGAACAAGUUUGCCAUGCUGAACGUGGAUGACAAGUGA